ACCGGGCCCGUUAGUAGCGAUUCGAACGUUCAGAACAUUCGAUCGGAGCGCGCGCGCGUGUGUUUGCUGUUGGAUCGAGGCGUCGUUUGUCGCCCGUUCGUGUCCGUGUGCGCACCAUAAAGCGCCUCGUCGGGGUGUUGCUGCCGCGCGAGGUGGUUGUAAUUUUCCAGCGACCGCCAGCCAGCCAGGCUUUCUUCGUGGCUCGGAGCGGAGCGCUCUGGGCUCACGCGACAAGUAUUUGAACUUGGAAAUAUUGCACCCUAAGUGAGAGUGUCGUGCGUGUGUACGUGUGUGUGUGUGUGGAGAGAGCAUUCCCAGCCACAUUCCUACAGUGCUGCUGUUGAUCCUUCGCCCUCGUUGGAAGGAAUCAUUUCAAGCAACUAUUUGACAGAUCGCGUGUGCAUGUGCGGUCGAAGCUUCCGGCGUUUGGGAUAGUAGUCGUCGUUGCAAAAACGAAUUGAAUCGAACCGUGGGAGAAUAGUGUGCUCGUCGGCACAAAAACGGAGAGCCAUGCUGUGGCCCGCGGACCCCACGCUCACGGGGGGUCUGGAACGUAAGGACAUCGUCCAACGGAGGCGCCGAAGCUCUGCAGGGUCGGUGACGCGCGGUGUGGCGCUUUUCAUCACUUCGGUGCUUCUGAUAAUACAGCCAUCAACGGCAGCGGUCUGCAACCAGACGGUAUGUGACUGUAAAGGAGUGCAGGGACCGCCGGGACAGAUUGGACCGCACGGUGUACCAGGGCAGUUUGGCGAUCCGGGCGAUAUUGGGUACGAUGGACCGCCAGGACUGCGCGGCGAUCGUGGUAAUCGAGGCGAAAUGGGCACGAGUGGACCGAAAGGAUAUCGUGGUGACACUGGCGAGCGAGGACCGCUGGGAGCCCCGGGCUAUGCGGGACUUCCGGGCGAACCCGGCUACCGCGGCCCGUACGGUAUCGACGGUUGCAACGGCACGGACGGUGCGAUGGGAACGCCCGGCUACCCGGGACCGCCGGGCGAGCGUGGCCCCCAAGGUCCUCCAGGUGUGCCCGGGCCGCGUGGUACCUCCGGCGAAGGCGGUAUCAACUCCAAGGGCACCAAGGGCGAUCGGGGCGUGGCCGGCGUUCCCGGUGUGAUGGGCCAGCAGGGCUGGCAGGGUGGUCGCGGUGCGGACGGGUUCGAUGGGACGACCGGUGAGACGGGCGAUGCCGGACUGGAUGGCCCGAAGGGCGAGCAGGGCGAACCGAGCGAAGACUUCUGCCCGGGCGAACCGGGCGAUCCGGGCGAACCGUACUACUACCUGGUCGGCAAAAACGAAACGGUCAACAUUGGCAUGAAGGGCCCGAAGGGUGACCGGGGCUACGAUGGAAUGGCCGGACUGCAGGGCAUGAAGGGCGACUCGGGCAUGCAGGGCGACCGGGGCCAGAAAGGCUUCAAGGGCGAGGAAGGCAAGCUCGGCGAUCGGGGCAAGCAGGGCAAGGAGGGACCACCGGGCGCACCGGGCGAUAAGGGCGAGAAGGGUGCGCCCGGGUACGCCGGACUGGACGGUAUGCCGGGCGACAAGGGCCCCUCCGGAGACGAUGGACGGCCGGGGCUGCCGGGUGUGCAGGGACCGCCGGGACCGAAGGGCGAAUACCGUCCCGAGCUGGCACCGAUUGUGAUUGGACCGCAGGGACCGCAAGGUGACAUGGGACCACCGGGACGACCGGGCAACGUUGGCAUCCCCGGCAACAAGGGUUUGCGCGGCCCCAUGGGUCCACCGGGUCCGCCCGGCGAUCCGGGUCUGAAUGGACGGCCCGGCCCGAAAGGCAUCUCGCCGCCAGGCCAGCGCGGUGACGACGGCGAGGGAGGACCCCCGGGACCGCUCGGCAUCCGGGGCAUACCGGGGCUGGCGGGCGCUAAGGGACAGGUCGGCUUCCCGGGGCGCAAUCUGCAGGGCGCCAAGGGCGAACCCGGCACGAACGGACUGAACGGUGACUUUGGCGAGAAGGGCGACCAGGGCGACGAUGGCGAACCGGGCGACAAGGGUCUGCCCGGCAUCGGUGUGAACGUGACGGGGCCGCCCGGACCGGCCGGACUGCCUGGCAGGGCGGGACCGCCCGGCGACUGGGGCUUCAACGGAUACAAUGGCCCGAAAGGUGACAAAGGCUUGCGCGGCGACGACUGUGGCACAUGCCCGCCCGGACCAAAGGGCGUCAAGGGCGAGGACGGUGAUAUCGGGCGGCCGGGAUUGGACGGAUACGACGGAAAUCGAGGGCUACCGGGGCCGCGCGGCUUCCAGGGUCCGGCCGGAAAGCAAGGCUUGAAGGGACUGUUGGGCCGUAAAGGCGAACGGGGCGACUUAGGCGAACGUGGUGUACCGGGCGAACCGGGACGACCCGGUGUGUUGCGGCGGGCGAAAAACUUCAUCGAUCUGACGCCAGAAAUGGGCGAUCGAGGCGAUAGAGGACAGCGCGGUGAUCAAGGUGUUCCGGGCGAUUUGGGCGACUUUGGAGCUGUUGGAUAUCCGGGACGGCCGGGCGAACAGGGCGAAUACGGUGACGACGGUGACUCUGGCCGGCCGGGUCUGGACGGGUUGCCGGGCAUGGACGGUCGCAACGGUGCGCCCGGUCGGGAUGCGUUCGUCAACGAGUACAACAUCUGGUCUAUUCGCGGCACACCUGGUGUACCGGGCGACAAAGGUGCCAAAGGAGAGCGCGGUGACCAGGGAGAUCGGGGCGAACCGGGCGCCAUGUCGGAGAUGACGUACAGCAUCGCGGGCCCGAAGGGCUUGACGGGAGUGCCCGGCGACGUCGGCCCCAAGGGCGAAAAGGGCUACAAGGGCGAAAUGGGACUGCACGGAGUGCGCGGUCAGGAUGGACCGGCCGGACUGCCCGGAGUUAGCCGUCAGGGACCGGAAGGCUACAAGGGCUACUACGGCGUGAUCGGUGACCACGGGCCGGCCGGCAUGCCGGGCGAAGAUGGCCGUCCCGGACCGGACGGGCUGCCCGGGCUGCAGGGGCUGCGCGGUCAGCGCGGUGACCCGGGCCGACCGAUACUGAUGGGCGAAAAGGGCGUGGAAGGCGAGGGCGGCUUCUACGGCGAAAUCGGCGACAAGGGCUUCAAGGGCCCGGAAGGUAUCCGCGGCACGACCGGAAUGCCGGGAGUGAAGGGCGAGCGGGGCGAUCCGGGCCCGCUCGGCAAGCCGGGCCUGCGCGGCAACAAGGGCCAGAUGGGUGACAUCAUUUACGGCGAUCGUGGAGCGCCGGGCCUGCCGGGCCGCGACGGUCUGCAGGCACCGUACGGAGACAAGGGCGAACGGGGCGAACCGGGCAUGGAAGGUUUCCCCGGUCCCAAGGGCGAGCGGGGCGAAAUCGGACGCGACGGACUGCCCGGACUGCCAGGCGACGAUGGACUCCCGGGCGAGCGUGGCCUGCAGGGACGCAUGGGCGAUAUGGGCGAGGAAGGCUACCAGGGCGAACGGGGACCGACGGGGGAUCCAGGCUAUCCCGGUCUGACUGGCGCCCGCGGACUGGCGGGACUGCGCGGGCUGGCUGGCCCGACCGGCGACCCGGGCGACAUGGGCUUCCCGGGGCGCGAUGGAGCACCGGGCCGGAAGGGCGAGCGCGGCGACUUUGGCGAUGCGGGACCGCGCGGACGCAAGGGCAGCGCCUCGUUCAGCGGCAUGAAGGGCGAAAACGGCGAGCCGGGCAUGAUGGGCCCGCCCGGGUACAACGCACGCCCUGGCCAGAUGGGUCGCAAGGGCGAGGAGGGAGACGCCGGCCAGGUCAUCGACGGAUAUCCGGGAGUGAAGGGACAGAAGGGCGCCCCGGGCUUCCCCGGCAUCCCGGGCCGACCGGGUGCGAAGGGUGAGCGGGGAGAUGUCGGCGUGUUCGGCCCGAAGGGUAUCUCCGGCGACAAGGGACGCGAUGGCUAUCCGGGUAUUGCCGGACGCCCGGGACGGCCCGGACCGCGUGGACCGUUGGGCCCGCGAGGAGAGCAAGGAUCGCGGGGCGAAACGGGCGAACCGGGCGAGGACGGACUGCGAGGCUACGCCGGCGAAAAGGGACUGCGCGGUGACGUCGGUCCGGUCGGACCGACCGGGUUGACUGGAAUGGUGGGCGACCCGGGUCUGCCCGGCAUCCCCGGCAACGUAAUGAUGCGCUCGGCCCAGCAAGGCGACCGGGGUGACCCCGCCCCCGAGGGUCCGGAAGGAGACGAGGGACCGCCGGGACUGAAGGGCCAGCGAGGCUAUCCGGGCCGCAAGGGCGAACAGGGACUGCCCGGAUUCGUCGGCAUGGUCGGUAUCGAGGGACACGAUGGACCGAAGGGACAACGCGGCGACCCCGGCAUGAAGGGACAGCCGGGCGAGCUGGAAACACGCCCCGAGCGCGGCGACCAGGGCGACGCUGGCUACGAUGGACUGACUGGACGGCCCGGCCUGCCCGGCAACAAGGGAGCGCCCGGCGACUACGGCGACAACGGGCCGAUGGGACUGGCCGGCAUGCCAGGCUUCGUGAACGGUGCGCUGAAGGGCAUGAGGGGCGAUACCGGCUACGAGGGAGCACCCGGGCUGGACGGACUGCCCGGCCUGCCCGGCCUGGACGGCAUGAUGGGUCCGGCCGGACCGCGCGGCAUGCCCGGCAGCAUCGGCGCCAUCAUGCCCGGCUUCCGGGGCGAUCCGGGCGAGGACGGGCUGCCGGGGCUAGACGGAAUGGUCGGCCCGCCCGGCUUCCCGGGCGAUCGGGGACUGACGGGGCUGCCGGGACUGCGCGGACUGCCCGGGCCGAAGGGUCUGCAGGGCGAGGUCGGACUUGAAGGCUACCACGGCAUGGUGGGCCUGAAGGGCAUGAAGGGCGAGGUGGGCGAUCUGCCCAACCUAUCCAACUGGCGGCCGACGCAACCGGGCGACCGGGGCACGCCAGGUCUGCGCGGCGAGCCCGGUGACGAAGGUGACAUGGGCCCGCCGGGCUACCCGGGCAGCCGGGGCCCCAAGGGCAUGCAGGGACUGCAGGGCGAGCAGGGCGCUACGGGCGAGGUCGGCUUCAAGGGCGAGCAGGGCAUUGCCGGUGCCCCCGGACGGAGCGGUAUCGAGGGACUGCCGGGGCUGCCGGGGCUGCCUGGCGAGCCGGCGGCACCGCCGCCACCGCCCAAAAACUUGGGCUACCUGUUCGCGCGCCACUCGCAGAAGGUGACCAUCCCGGAGUGCCCGAUCAACACGUACAAGCUGUGGGACGGGUACUCGCUCGUGAACGUCAUCGCUAGCAGCCGGUCGGUGGGGCAGGAUCUCGGUGCGGCCGGAUCGUGCCUACGGCGCUUCAGCACCAUGCCGUUCAUGUUCUGUGAUAUUAACAACGUCUGCAACUACGCCUCGAACAACGACGACACGAUCUGGCUGGCGACGCCCGAACCGAUGCCGAUGUCGAUGGCACCGAUCCCGGCCGACCAGGUCGAGCGGUACAUCUCGCGCUGCAGCGUGUGCGAGUCGAACACGCGCGUCAUGGCGCUGCACAGCCAGUCGAUGAGCAUACCGGACUGCCCGGAAGGUUGGGAGGAGCUGUGGCUUGGCUACAGUUAUGCAAUGCACACGUCGGACAACUCGGGCGGCUUCGGUCAGGACUUUGUGUCGCCCGGCUCGUGCAUGGAAGAGUUCCGGCCGCAGCCCGUCAUCGAGUGCCACGGGCACGGUACGUGCAACUUCUACGACGGUAUCUCCUCCUUCUGGCUGACGAUCAUUGACGAUGCGAUGCAGUUCAACCGGCCCCAGCCGCAAACGCUGAAGGCACACCAAACCAGCAAAGUGAGCCGCUGCAUCGUUUGCCGUCGCAAGGCAGGCAUCAUGCGGACACUGCACGGGGGCAGCACGAUAACGGCGUCGGCCCUUCGCAGAGCGAAUACGUCUACGGUGUACCCGCCACCGCCACCACAGCCGGCACCAGGCUCCAGAAGACGGGUGUCCCCGGGUCGGCAGCGUAACCGCAACCGCUACCAGGGCUAGAGAGGAGAGACAGAGAGGGUUGAAGAUGGAGCUGGUUGCUGCAGCAGCAGGAGCUUAAAUUUUCCAACCAUAAUUUCCAGCAUUUCGUUUUUGGUCGAUAAGGAUGUGUAGUAGUCGUAUGAAUGUUCUGUGUUCUAACAAACCAAACUGCCCAGUAGGAGCUAGCCUCUUUAUCCCAGCCCAGCAGCAUAAAACGUUACCAGCAAGACCCGCUCCUGGUAUUCCUCGUUGUUCCUUUUUUUUCCUUCGUUCCUUCGUCCCGCGCCAAACAUGGCGUUUGGUCCCUACUUUGUCCCGAUUUGUUUCGCUAACCCCUGCAACAUUCGUGUGAAUGUCUCGCUGAGAUGAUUCUGGUGUGCCAUUGGUUACGAUAAUGAGUAAAAACGAAUGUAUCGUCACCAGUAUCAGCUUUAUAAGUUAGAAAACUGCAAAAAACCACUGAAACGAAUAUGUAAGCGAAUUAUUCGAUUAAUAAAACUACAAAACAUA